AUGACGAGCGUGAACCCCAAGAAGAUGAAGGUGAGCGAGCUACGCGCGGCGUUGGAGUCACGUAACCUGAGCUCAAAUGGUCUCAAGACGGAACUUAUUCAGCGUCUGGAGCUAGCGCUGGACGAAGAGGAGUUUGGUAGCGAGGCGCAGGAGAUGGAAGAGCUUCAGGUACAAAGUCCCAAGAAGACCAAGAAGGUCGAACCAAAGAAGAAGGAAAUACCCGCUACUGCAGCUGACGUCGAGUCCAAAAUUUUAAAGAAAGAGAAGACAACGGUCCCUUCUUUUUUGAAGAAUACGGCGUUGCCCACUGCAGAUCCCACCACUUUAGUCUUGGUCGAGACGAAAGAGAACGUUAAAGAGGAGAACCCAGUUGCUGCCGAACCAGUGCCGGUGGAGAAAGAAGAUGAGGAAGAGAAGGGACCAGCAAACAUCAGUAAACCCGAGACAGAUGUUUCUGCUAAGCUCAUGACGGAGGAGGAGAAGCGAGCGGUACGCGCUGCCAAGUUUGGCAUUCCCUUGAGUUUAGAGGACAAAAAGGCUCAGCGCGCAAAGCGUUUCCAGCUUCCCAGCGCAGUGGCAGUGGACGAGAAUGUGAAGCGGCUAAAGCGGGCAGAGCGGUUCCACCUCGAGACGAAAGAUACGCUUGAUAAGAAAAAGGAGGCACGUGCUGAGCGCUUUGGUCUCAACGCGGAGGAGAAGCGGCGUCUGGAGCGCGCCAAACGCUUCAACCUCGAAACUAGUGAAGUGUUCCAGGAGAAACGACAAAAGCGUCUGGAGCGUUUUGCAGCUCCUUCGAAAUGA